UUGCGCCUUUAAGGGCUCCGGGGCUGCGCUGUGUAUCCGGGUCCUGUGAGUGAUGGCGGCGGUGUGAAGCCGAGUGUCGUACAAAAUAAAGAUGGAGCUGAGAGUUGGCAACAAAUACCGGUUGGGGAGGAAGAUAGGCAGCGGCUCCUUUGGUGACAUCUAUUUGGGUGCCAAUAUCGCUACCGGGGAGGAGGUGGCCAUCAAGCUGGAAUGUGUGAAAACUAAACACCCUCAACUCCACAUCGAGAGCAAGUUCUACAAGAUGAUGCAGGGAGGAGUGGGGAUCCCCUCUAUUAAGUGGUGCGGGGCUGAAGGAGAUUACAAUGUGAUGGUGAUGGAGUUGCUGGGACCCAGCCUCGAGGAUCUCUUCAACUUCUGCUCCCGCAAGUUCAGUCUGAAGACCGUGCUGCUGCUCGCAGACCAGAUGAUCAGUCGGAUCGAGUACAUCCAUUCGAAGAACUUCAUCCACAGGGACGUGAAGCCGGACAACUUCCUGAUGGGCCUGGGCAAGAAGGGCAACCUGGUGUAUAUCAUCGACUUCGGCUUAGCCAAGAAAUACCGCGAUGCCCGCACUCACCAGCACAUCCCGUACCGGGAGAACAAGAACCUGACCGGCACCGCCCGCUAUGCCUCCAUCAACACCCACCUGGGCAUCGAGCAGAGCCGGCGAGAUGACCUGGAGUCUCUAGGCUAUGUGCUGAUGUACUUUAACCUGGGAUCGCUGCCCUGGCAGGGGCUCAAAGCCGCCACCAAACGGCAGAAAUACGAGCGCAUCAGCGAGAAAAAGAUGUCAACCCCCAUCGAGGUGCUGUGUAAGGGCUACUCCUCUGAGUUUUCCACCUACCUGAACUUCUGUCGUUCCCUGCGUUUCGAUGACAAACCGGAUUACUCCUACCUGCGCCAGCUAUUCCGGAAUCUGUUCCACCGGCAAGGCUUCUCCUAUGACUAUGUGUUUGACUGGAACAUGCUGAAGUUUGGUGCUGGACGUACAGCCGAGGACUCUGAGCGGGAACGUCGGGAACAUGACCGGGAGGAGCGUGUGGUGCAGACCCGCAGCUCGGCCACGCGCACGUUCCCGCCGGGAACUGGGCCCGGAGCAGGUGGCAACCGUCUACGGAACGGGCAAGAGGCUGUGCUGCCGACUCCCAACUCCCGGGCACAGCAGUCCGCAAAUACCUCGCCCAGACCCAUCUCCCGGGCUGAGAGAGAGCGGAAAGUCAGCAUGAGGUUACACCGAGGAGCUCCCGCCAACGUGUCCUCCUCUGAUCUCACAGCACGACAGGACGCCUCCCGCAUCUCAGCCUCACAGACCAGCAUGGCCUUCGAACAUGUGGCAAAGUGACUGAAGUGCUUAGACCAGCAGGUAGUUUGGUGAAUUCCUUCGCUGAUGUUUGCCAAUGGUGGGGGCGGCUUCUCCAACAUUGAUCACUGAAGUGGGGCCUUCAGGGAGGAUAUCAGACCAACGCUCGUCUAGAGAUUAACUUGUUCAAGAAGUGAGGGACUAAAGGCCUCGAUUUCAGUCUGAACACAACUUACAAUGGUCCUGUGUCAGUCACCUCAAAAUCUAUUAUAUAUACAUUGUUUUUGUUCCCCCUGGUUUAUUUGUUUGGGGGAGGCGGGGGGAAUCUUUUCCCAGGAGAAACAACACUCCCCCCUUCCUGCUGCCCCCACCCCCACCCCCCCCCCCGCAUAGAAUUUUGUUCUCAGACAAACUCUCCACAAAGGGAAGUUCGGACUUCGUGCUUGGAACCUUGUAAAGAGCUUUCCACCCACGCUCCACUCCAUCACCAACUUGUAAAUGUCAUCUGUGUGUAUGUGUGUAUGUGUGUGUGUGCGCGCACGCUCGCGUGUGUGUGUUCGCUUUCGCUCACACGCACGAGAGAGAGGUUUGUUUGUGCGUGUGUUUGCGCUCAUACACAAGUGUUUGUGUAAGCGCGUUUGUGUGUGUGUGUGUGUACGCGCGCGCACGUACAUGUGCGUGCGUGCAUGCGUGUUCGUGUGCGUGCGCGCUCGUUUCCCAGCAACGCCAGUGAUGGGAGGGAGUGGGUUGGGGAAAGGGUGAAGGAAUAGAUUGCUAAAUAAAAGGGUUUGACCAAG